AUGCGGUGUGUAAUCGGGCUGUUCAUCGCGCUCUUGCCACCGUCCGGAGCCUUCGCCCCUCACAAUGUGACGGCGUGCGACGGCCACGCCUAUCAUCCAGGGCCAGCGACAGCACGCGGGCGCUUGCUCACCGAUCCAAACCAGGGGUGCCAGCCUUGGAGCCGCGACUGGGAAACAACCUCCACCUUCAUCUCCCAGGCUGCGCUCGAGGCGGGCAGGCAGUCAGUCAAGCUGAUGUACGCCGCCUACCUUUUCGAGUACAGCGAGAAAGCAACGGUCGGGAUACAUGCGGAAGCGGCUCAAGCCAAGCAGACCUUGAUCGAGAAUGGUGCCGUGGCGUACCGUGAGGUCGACGAAGGGGAGGGGCCACAGGGCUUCUUCGGCCCGUGGUAUGACGACGGCAGCCUGACCGGCACUCCGCAGAAAAUCUACGUGCUGGGCUUCGCAGGCUCAAACGACAAGAAGGAUUGGAGCUAUGCCAACGCGGGUUCCUGGUGCGCGAAGGGCAUCGAUCUCGGUCGACGCGGCCGGAUGUUCGGCGCCGCGGCCGGGUUCGUCGACUUUUAUGUUGAAGUCAUGGAUGGCAAGGGUGGGAAGCCCGGGCUGCGUCAGGCUAUUGAUGCCGUGGCGGACUCCUUCGCCAACACGCCAGUUGUGGUGGUGGGACACUCGAUGGGCGGAGCCCUUGGCGCCCUCGGCGCCACGGAGAUGGCACUGCGCUACAAUGCAGCAGUGCUGCUUCGCACAGCAGGCGCUCCCCGCGUCUUCCAGAAGUGGGGCGAGAAAUACGGCAACUCGGCCAGGGAUGUGCAGCAGGGAUGGAAUGACGACGGCAGCUGGAGUGGUCCGCCAGGCAGUCACCCUGAGGUCUUUCUUUGGACAGGGCCCGACCAGCACAGCAGCGAUCGAUACUCGGAUCACCCCCGCGACUACGGACUGCGUGUGCCUCCCAAUGGUUACGUCCGCACCCAGCGCUGGGUCAACUACAAUGACAACGUGCCAUCUGUGCCGCCAUGCAACACUGGGUGGUUCCACGUCGGCGACGGCGGCUACCUCCUGCUCGAUCCCGUCGGCUGGCUGUCCCUCUACGGAUGGGCCCAACACCAAGACUACACCCCUUACGCCGGCGGCCUACCGUAUGCGAACCACCCACUCGGCAAGUACUGGGACCGACUGAGCACCGCGAAGCGCAACUGUGCGACGUACAACCGGUGCUAA